AUGAUCCUAGUUGCUAUCCUCUUGAUUAGAUGCUUGAGAUCGUCGCCUCAGCCGCCCAAGUCGGCCGAGGUUGCCAGCGAUUUGGGCAUCUUCCAAGAACUGGAGGGCUUCCACUACAGUCCAGUGGAACGCAACACCUGCGUAUCAAUUCACUGCUUUCUGGACAAGGUGCAAGAGCAAUUUGCUUGUGUUCGGCAUGCUGCGUUGCUCUACAAUGCACACUUGGUUUACACAAAUCUGCCCUUGGAUGACAUGAGGGUACUCUACAGCUACUUGGUGGCCUUCAACGGAGCAGUGUCUAGCCAGAAGCUGAACAAGCCGCCCUUCGGUGAUGACAAAGAGCUAAAGGCGCAGCAGUUGAAGAUCGAGAAGCUUGAGGAGAGAUAUGUGAAGGUUGUGCGAUUCAACAAGAUUCUCACGGAGGAAUGGGAUCGGCAAUCCUUCCAGCGGUUCUGUCACGAGUUGCUCCCUGAGUGCGAUGGCGCCUUUGAGGAGGCCGCUGCACAGGAGACUGCAGCUGAUUUGCAAGAGCUCCUGAGGCAGUUGGCAGAAUGGAGACGUCAUGGAAAUGCUGCUCAUGAAGACCGAAAGGUCUUCCAGCAAUUCUUGGAUCUCAUUUUUCCCAACGAUGAAGCGAUCGCCGGGCUCUUUGCGAGGCCAAGCAUGGGCGAAGGGGCCUUCGAUCUGCUCCAAACGAAAUGGAUGAAGCUGGAGGACCUACACAACCAGUCAAUCUCCAGCAUCAAUGCGAUGGCCCACGACCAGGCACUGGCGCAACAAGAGGAUCUUUAUGCCGCGCAGCGAGCGCAGCUGGAAGCAGAGAAGAAGAUCCAGGCCUUGCAAGACGAGCUCGCGGGCAUGGCUCGGGAGAAGGCACAAGUGUUGAAGCAGAAGCUUGAUGGGAAAAGCACAGAUUUUGUCCAAGAUCUCCAGGUCGCAUCCAUCUCAAAAGAUCCGCGCGAGCAACGCGCUUUGGAGGAGGAAAAGGCUGCUGCCGAGCGGCGGGAGAGGGAAGCUUGGCAGUCCUUGGAUCGUCAGCGUGAGGCGACGGCUGGCUUCGAUUGA